CCUCCAUAUUACAUUUACCGCCAUUGCAAAUUUCCCCCAUUUUUUUUCAUUUGUGAGCUAGCGGUGGAGAAGUGUGCGACGUGGAAGAUGAUACAUUCUAUGUAUGUCUAAAUAAUAGCGAAAAUUGAGAGAACAAAUAUAAAACACCAGGAAGAUUAUAAUUCAGUUCAAUAUAAUGUCCCUGCGACUUUGUUGCCGACCCUCAUUUUGUGGAUUCAAUAAUAAAAGAGAUUUGCUGAGCUCAGAUCUGGCAGCUAAUCAACUGAAUAACCCAAUGGGGAAAUGGUUCAGCGGCGUCAAAAAGUUCAUUCCUUUCAAGGGUUAUGUUAAGCUUGUGCAAACAACAGCAAGAAUAUCAUUUCCAACGAUAUCAUCAGAUAUUAAAGAUAAAGCACCUUCAGAUCUUUUGAGUCACAAGAAGGCGGUUCCUUAUUCGGAUCCCCCUAGCAUGGAAGAUGUGGAGAGUUUGUAUCAAUUCUUUGAUAAGAGUACCAAGCUUAUUGUAUUGACAGGAGCUGGCAUGAGCACAGAGAGUGGAAUUCCGGAUUACAGGAGCCCAAAUGGAGCUUAUAGUACGGGUUUCAAACCAAUUACCCAUCAGGAGUUUCUUCGAUCAACCAAGGCGCGAAGGCGUUAUUGGGCGCGGAGCUAUGCUGGCUGGAGACGUUUCACUGCUGCUCAACCUAGUACAGGUCAUAUAGCUCUAUCAUCUCUUGAGAAAGCAGGCCAUAUAAGUUUUAUGAUUACACAGAAUGUGGACAGGCUGCAUCACCGGGCUGGCAGCAAUCCACUUGAAUUGCAUGGGACUGUCUACGUUGUCGCCUGUACAAAUUGUGGUUUCUCUCUGCCUAGAGAUCUAUUUCAAGAUCAAGUGAAGGCUCAUAAUCCCAAGUGGGCAGAAGCUAUUGAAAGUCUGGACUAUGACAGUCGAUCAGACAAGAGCUUUGGAAUGAAGCAAAGGCCUGAUGGGGAUAUUGAGAUUGAUGAGAAAUUCUGGGAGGAGGAUUUCUACAUUCCUGAUUGUCAGAGGUGCCAAGGAGUUCUGAAACCUGACGUUGUCUUCUUUGGGGAUAAUGUCCCCAAAGCUAAGGCAGAUGCUGCCAUGGAAGCUGCAAAGGGAUGUGAUGCCUUCCUUGUACUUGGUUCAUCUUUGAUGACCAUGUCCGCUUUCCGUCUUGUCAAAGCUGCUCAUGAGGCAGGUGCUGCUACUGCAAUUGUAAAUAUUGGUGCUACACGAGCUGACGAUCUUGUACCUUUGAAAAUUAGUGCUCGAGUUGGAGAGAUACUUCCAAGAUUGCUCAACGUUGGAUCAUUGAGUAUCCCUUCUCUCUAGUUCCUGAUUUAUAGCAGUGUUGAUAAAUAGCAUCCAGAUUCUUUUUCAUCAGUUGCUACAAUGGUUUGUACACUUGGCCGGACGUGCUAGUUUGCUGCAUUUUGGUGUUGUAAGAUCACUAAAUCCAUCGCGAUGUUGUUUGUAAUUGUAAAAAAUCCACUGCUCAAGUACCACAUAGGCACAUACACUAUUAGUGUAAACUUCUGUAUUUCAACACAACUCGAUUACAUUGAAUUUCUUGUUAGUGAGUUGAAGCUGAAAUUCCUCAGAAGUACACAGAAUAUUGCUUGGAAAUGGCAAAUUUUAGGAUGGCCUUUUGCAUUUUUAAAGACUGAA